AGCAAAUAGCGAUAAGUUCGAUUUCAAUUUUCAACGAACCGUACUUGAUAUUUUCGUAGUAUUCACUGUUCGUUCAAUUCGAUCGUACUUCGAUAGUUUGUUAGUCGUUUACCUUCACCGUGUCUGAUGGUUGAAUGUUGUACUUCGCGAAACCCGUCAUAGUGUCAUACGUGUUAACAUAAAAAUCUUAAUAAUUAAUAAUGACCACAAAAUUAAAUAUAGUUUUUAGUUUUAUUUUGGCGGGCUCCAAUCACAAAUAGCACCAGGAUGUGUUUUUAAUUUAAUUAAUCGUCCUAGGCGCAUCGUUUUUAAAGUUUUUUUUCUAAUAAAUAUCCAUAAAAUAUUACAUUGUAAUUCAUUUAUGUCCAGCGAGCCGUAUGCACCACUAUGGAUGGAAACAGACUCAGUGCCUUACCAAUACUUGAGGAAACAUUUUAUGCACUGUCUAAAAAGCAGUACUCAUAUAAAGUGUCACUGACAAAUGAAGGUCUACAUCUGACCAAGAAUGGUGAGAAUGGGACAGAGAAGACCGACUUGAUACACAUCCGUGAUAUUAUUGGCUGUAAGUGCAUGCGAAAUAGUGGCAAGUCAAACCACUGUGCUUGUAGGCCGAUAAAAGGGGGCUCAGCAAAAUCUACCAGAGAUAUCACAACGGAAACAGAUGAGUGUCAGGUGCGAGUGCCUUAUGUAGAGGCUGGAGAUUGCAGUGCUUACCUAAGUAUAUAUGCAUUUGUACUGAAAAAUGUUGGAACGAAGAACAAAAAACGUGACAAGAUGACCAUCACACUGAGAUUCAGAAACUUCAACAGUUAUGAUGAGAAUAGCCGGGUGGCAACCAAGUGGAAAUCGGCCAUCAAAUCACUAUUGCGAGCUAGGUAUGAGGACAGUACUAUUGUUGCACCAUUAGAUGAUCAUUACCUAGGUAAUCAUUUAUUAGUGAUUGUGAACCCAAAAAGUGGUAUUGGAAAAUCACGUGAAAUAUUUCAACGUAAAAUAGUACCUCUUUUAAAUAUGGCUGAUGUUGACUACGAUUUGCAUAUUACAUGCAUGCAAAAUGAUGCUAGGAACUUGAUGAGAACGAGUAACAUCUAUAAAUGGGGCCGUGGUGUAGUAGUGCUCGGCGGUGACGGACUCAUGUUCGAAGUGAUAAACGGCCUCAUGGAACGUUCAGACUGGCAGAGGGCCUUCGAAUACCUUACCUUGGCUGUUAUACCCGGUGGUUCCGGCAACGGAAUGGCCAAGUCGAUAAGUUUCGAGACUAAUGAACCCUACAAUCCUGAUCCCAUUCUCAUAUCGGCGCUAAAUAUUGUUGGCGGUAACAGGUGUCCAAUGGAUCUGGUUAGAGUCGAGACUCUUACACAAGUCGUAUACUCUUUUCUUUCGAUUGGUUGGGGCUUUAUUGCUGACAUUGAUAUAGAGAGUGAGAGACUUAGGAUGAUAGGUAACCCCAGAUUUACUAUUUGGAGUAUUGCUAGACUUAUUGGUCUGAGAAGUUAUCCCGCCCGAUUGUCGUAUUCCAAAAUUGACGAUUUGGAAACCGAAACCAGAAUGAACAAUUACACGAGAGGCACGUCAGGUGAUUUCCAAGAGGUCAUCGACGACGAACCAGUAUCGAUCGAAUUCGGAAUGGAUCCGUUGCAGGAAGACUUUGAAAUACCACGUGAGCGGAUUGAAAGUUUUUCAUCAAUAAUAUCCAAGCGCACGGCAUUCAUGUCUGUCAACGAAGCGCCGAGCUUUUCGUCUAUACCAGACGUGAUCGAGGGAUCUGAAGUUUGGGUGCGCGGACCUAUAUCCAAACUCCCUCCGCUUUCUCAUCCAGUUCCGUCGGACUGGGUAGUCGUUGAAGACGAGUUCGUGAUGAUACAUGCUUCAUAUCUAUCUCAUAUAAGCGAAGACGUGAUACUAGCACCCAAAUCAAAAUUAAAUGACGGUGUUAUCUGGCUGUUGGUCAUUAAAAAUGGAAUAUCCAGAACGACUUUUUUACAAUUUUUGUUGGCCCUGUCAUCCGGAAACCACUUGGCCAUACCCAACGUCGAAAUGAUCCCCGUGCGAGCAUUCCGACUCGAACCACUAUCCCAAAGCAGCCACCUGGUAGUUGACGGCGAACUGUUGAAGCACAGCCCGGUACAAGCGGAAAUCAUGCCCGGCAUCACCAACGUGUACGCCCGACAAAAGUUCUCCUGAUGGCUCGUCUCGGGCGAAUACGAUUGAACACGACACAAGAGUGAUGAAUACAUUACAUUAUUUAUAGUAAUGUAGUUUACGUAAUUUGUUAUUUUUUUAUUAUUUUUUAAAUCCAGAGAAAAUUUGUCGAUAUUAUUACCUCGCCGUAUACCAUGCAUAUUGCGUUGUUGUUUCUCGCCUCUUUUGUUGCUCAAGAGGCAUGUUUUAUAUUUAAUUUAUUAUUAUCAAUAUUUAUUUUGAAUUAUUCGUUGUAUUCGUUACCAGCGACGUUACCGUAACGUGUAAUAUCAUAUUUUUUUCUCUUUAUAAUAUCCUCGUGUUAUGGGACCAUUUGUUUAUUAGGUGAAUAGGUUGUUAAAUGUUACAUUAUAAUUAUUAAGGUCAAAAAAAAAAAAAAAAAAAAAAUGAUAAUUAACAUAUAGUCAAUGAUUACUGUCUGUCUUGGUAAAUGAAUAAAUCAUUUGUGUUUUUCCUUUGCUCAAUCUUUAUUGUACAACCAAUGCUAACACUAAGUUUUAAGUCUCCGGACUGAAUAUGUAACAAUACGUAUAGCACACGUCAAAAUAUCAACUAAUAUUAUUAUUUUUAUACUGUAAUAGCUAAUAUAUUUAUGCAAAAAUAAUAUAUAGUAUGAAUA